UACAGCCAUUUCUGACACAGCAGCCAGGAGAAUGUGAGACAAUUCACUACCGCUGGCAAGAGGAGAGCUGGGGUUGUGUUUCUGCAAGGAGAGACUACCUUCGCGGCAGUGGACCCAGGGGACAGACAAGCCAAAAUGGAUGAUAAUAUGGAUACAAAAUCCAUUCUAGAAGAACUUCUCCUCAAAAGGUCACAACAAAAGAAGAAAAUGUCACCAAAUAAUUACAAAGAACGACUUUUUGUUUUGACCAAAACAAACCUUUCCUACUAUGAAUAUGACAAAAUGAAAAGGGGAAGCAGAAAAGGAUCGAUUGAAAUUAAGAAAAUCAGAUGUGUGGAGAAAGUCAAUCUUGAGGAGCAGACACCCUUGGAGAGACAGUACCCAUUUCAGAUUGUCUAUAAAGAUGGACUUCUCUAUGUCUAUGCAUCAAACGAAGCCAGCCGAAGCCAGUGGUUGAAGGCAUUACAAAAAGAGAUAAGGGGAAACCCCCACCUACUGAUCAAGUACCACAGUGGGUUCUUCGUGGACGGGAAGUUCCUGUGCUGCCAGCAGAGUUGCAAAGCGGCCCCCGGAUGUACCCUCUGGGAAGCAUAUGCUGAUCUGCACAUUGUAAGCAAUGAAGAAAAAAACAGAGCUCCUACUUUCCCAGAGAAGCUGCUGAAGAUUCCUCGACCAGCUCCUAUUUUCAGAAUGGAUGCACCAUCUUCAAGUACUACUGUACCCCAGUAUGACAGCAACUCACAGAAAAGCUAUGGUUCCCAGCCAAGUGUCACCAUGCAGUAUAUUCCAAGGGAAGACUGUCCUGACUGGUGGCAAGUAAGGAAACUGAAAAGCAGUGAAGAUGUUACAUGCGGCAACCAAAUGGAAAGAAAUACUGUAGAUCACAGCACUUCAAAGAUUUCAUGGGGGUUCCCUGAUUCAAGUUCAUCUGAAGAAGAGGACAAUCUGGAUGACUAUGACUGGUUUGCAGGCAACAUCUCCAGGUCGCAGUCUGAGCAGUUACUGAGACAAAAGGGAAAAGAAGGAGCAUUUAUGGUUAGGAAUUCCAGCCAGGUGGGAAUGUACACAGUGUCCUUAUUUAGUAAGGCUGUGAAUGAUAAGAAAGGGACUGUCAAACAUUACCAUGUGCAUACAAAUGCUGAAAACAAACUCUACCUGGCAGAAAACUACUGUUUUGAUUCCAUCCCAAAGCUUAUUCACUAUCAUCAACACAAUUCAGCAGGGAUGAUCACACGGCUCCGUCACCCUGUGUCUACUAAGACCAACAAGGUUCCAGUGUCUGUGUCCCUGGGAAGUGGAAUUUGGGAACUGAGAAGAGAAGAGAUUGCCCUGUUGAAAGAGCUGGGAAGGGGCCAGUUUGGAGUGGUCCAACUGGGCAAGUGGAAGGGGCAGUAUGAUGUUGCAGUGAAGAUGAUCAAGGAAGGCUCCAUGUCGGAAGAUGAGUUCUUUCAGGAGGCCCAGACUAUGAUGAAACUGAGCCAUCCCAAGCUAGUUAAAUUCUAUGGGGUGUGUUCAGAGAAAUACCCCAUAUAUAUAGUCACAGAAUACAUCGCCAAUGGCUGCUUACUGAACUACUUGAAGAGUCAUGGGAAAGGACUAGAAGCAUCCCAGCUCCUAGAAAUGUGUUACGAUGUCUGUGAAGGAAUGGCCUACUUGGAGAGCCAGCAGUUCAUACACCGUGACUUGGCUGCUCGGAACUGUUUGGUAGACAGUGAUCUCUCUGUGAAAGUCUCUGACUUUGGGAUGACAAGGUAUGUUCUUGAUGACCAGUACGUCAGUUCAGUAGGAACAAAGUUUCCAGUCAAGUGGUCAGCCCCAGAGGUGUUUCACUACUUCAAAUACAGCAGCAAGUCAGACGUAUGGGCAUUCGGAAUCCUGAUGUGGGAGGUGUUCAGCCUUGGGAAGCAGCCCUAUGACUUGUAUGACAACUCCCAGGUGGUUGUGAAGGUUUCCCAGGGCCACCGGCUCUACCGUCCACAACUGGCAUCAGACACCAUCUAUCAGAUCAUGUACAGCUGCUGGCAUGAGCUUCCAGAAAAACGUCCUACAUUUCAGCAACUCCUGUCUUCCAUUGAACCACUUCGGGAAAAAGACAAACCCUGAAGAAGAAAUUAGGAGUUCAGCUGAGAAUGAGUAUAGAUAUGGGCCAACACUUUCAUUCUUUUUAAAGAAAGUAGCCAGGCAACAAUGUAAGACAGCUCCUUCUUAAUAGUAUUCUGUGUGUUGUUUGAUAUAUUACCUAGAAAUGAGCAAAGUAGAAAACAAAAACUUCCAUGAAGCGUAGGUUAAACUUGUAAUUGUGCUUAUGCUGCUCUUAGUAUAGCACUUCCUAGCCUAAAACAGGAGUAUGUUUUCAUGUUGCAAUAUGGACAGGGUGUGUAUUGUGUGUAAAGUUUGAGCAACACUGAAAAUUAAUUGUUUCACACUCUUUCCUUUGUUUCUAUCCUCACUAUCCUGGUGAUUAAAUAUA